UAGUCGUGACUGAAGUGUUUGGCCGGUGCAGUGACAGACUGUCGACCGCAGUGUAGAUCACAUAUUUCCUCCAUUUUCCCUCAGAAUUACGCACAGUUUCUACAGAAUCCCUCCAGAUUUAGCUUUUAGACAAAGCAGUGUAGCAAAAAUGUGGAAAUAUCCGAUUACUUUGGCGAUUUUAGCCGUUUCUUUAGCGGUAGGAAAAGCAGUGCCAGAAGAAGAUGACGGUCUAGAGUUCCAGCACCACAGAUACCAAGAACUGGAGCAAAUACUGAGGAAAGCCUCCACAGCCCACCCUGAUAUUACACGUCUGUACUCCAUUGGAAAAAGCUACGACGGCCGGGACCUCUGGGCCCUGGAAAUCUCGGACAAUCCCGGAAAACACGAACUUCGCGAACCAGAGUUCAAGUAUGUGGGGAACAUGCACGGCAACGAGGUUGUGGGGCGUGAGCUGUUGCUGAACCUGGUGCCGUACCUCACCAACGAGUACAAGAAAGGGAACCAGCGGAUACGCAGUCUUGUCGACAACACACGCAUCCACAUCCUGCCCUCCAUGAACCCGGAUGGAUAUGAAGCCGCAGCAGACAUGAUAGAUUCAGGUAAGAAGGACUGGCUGACUGGCCGAGCCAACGCUCAAGGGAUUGACCUGAACAGAAACUUCCCUGACUAUGACAGGAUUGUGUACAGUCUGGAGAAACAGGGAGGCCCCAAUAACCACCUCGAGGAUAGCGUGUCUGAAAAACUACUCAAGACUGUCAAUAAGAAAAGGAUGGCUCCAGAGACUGUGGCUAUGAUUUCCUGGAUUGAGAAGUACCCGUUUGCCCUGUCCUCAAACAUGCACGGUGGAGACCUGGUGGCCAACUACCCGUACGACGAGAGCCGGUCUGGGCGCAGCCAGGAAUACGCCAAGUGUCCCGACGACGCCAUCUUCAAGCGUCUGGCCCUGUCUUACUCCCUCAACCAACCAGAGAUGUCCAACCCUGAGCGCAGGGGUUGUGAUAUGGACAACGGAGACAAGUUUGUCGAUGGCAUCACUAACGGUGCUGACUGGUACAGUGUGGAUGGAGGCAUGCAGGACUUCAACUACCUGAGUUCCAACUGUUUUGAGAUCACGCUGGAGCUGGGAUGUGACAAGUUCCCUCCGGCCAGCAAGCUGAAGAAGGCCUGGGAGGACAACAAGGAAGCCAUGUUGGCCUUCAUGGAGCAGGUCCACACUGGAGUGAAGGGGGUAGUGACAGAGGCAGGAGCUGAGAAGAGAGGCAUCGCUGAUGCUGCAAUCAAAGUGGACAACAUCAACCAUGAUAUCACAUCCGCUCACGAGGGUGACUACUGGCGCCUUCUUGUUCCCGGGGAACACCAGGUAACAGCCAGUGCCCCUGGGUACAAGAGCCAGACCAAAAAAUGCAUCGUGUUGGAGAAGUCCCCUGCUACCACCUGCGACUUCGAACUGGAAAAAGUGGAGACCAACAGCGACAUUGACGACUUGCUACGAGAGAUCGAUGCUUACGUAGAGUGAACUAUGCUCCAAGAUUCCAGCCAAACUUUGACCACUCCAAUACGUUUUACUUACUUCUAAUUCCUAGGGAAAAAAUGUUGUGUUUCCUGUUUCCCGACCAACCCUAGAAAAAAACUACUGAUCCUAGGCUUUUCUUUGGGUUGACCACUGCAAGGGACAGAAAUUUUUUGAGCUUACAUGUAUCAACCUUGUCUCCAUGAUCUGACACCUGAGUGAUGAAACGGUUUUCCAACAUUGACAUUGAAAAUAUAAGCGUCCUCAGGCAAGUUUUGCUUUGUCAAACUGCAUUUGUAUAAGUUGGAUCACUAGAGAUUGCCUAAGUCUAAUACAACAAGAAAGAAAAGAUAAUCCCUACCUGCCGGCCCUAAUUUUUUUAGGACUGAAACAGGAAACACAACAUUUUUUUCCUAGGCCUAAUCUCUCUCAACCCCAUUGUGUUAUUUCACCAGAAGUCAAAAUUCCAUUCUAUCUCCAGACAUUUCACAACAAGAGAUUUUAAAGAAAAUAUCUAUUUUUUAUCAUUACAUGUAACAUCAAACAAAAAGCCAAGCCAAACCACAUAUUUUACUUUUUUUUAAUUGUUUGAAACUAACCACUCUCAAAAGAAUUUUCUUUUUUUAACAAAAGUUGAGAUAUCUAUACUUUUCCAGCAGUCAAUUUGAUGACAAUCCAUUAUUUGUGGUAGUAUUUAUUCCUACAGAAGGUUAAAACAAGGAAGGC